AUGACACAGGUGCUCACCGGACAUGGCUGUUUCGGUGAGUACCUGUGCAGGAUAGGGAAAGAGCGCACCGAAAGGUGCCACCACUGCGCCUGUCCGCGCGACUCGGCGCAGCACACGCUGGAGAUCUGUCCAGCGUGGGCGGCCGAGCGCGCGGACCUGAUAGCCGAGGUCGGCCAGGACCUCACCCUCUCGGCCGUAAUAACGGCCAUGACCGAGAGAGUUGAGGCAUGGAGGGCCGUGUCCUCCUUCUGUGGCAAGGUUAUGGCCCGGAAGAAGGACGCGGAAAGAGUCCGGCGAGGCGAGGGUGGCCGCCAUAGAGCCACCCAACACCCGCCGCGAGACGGAGGAGCUAUGCCUCCGCCCACGUAG